AUGACUGUGAAAUACAAUCUGGAUGUGUCAACAUCUCGACCAUGGACUCUUUUCAAGCUAUUAUUUCGCUGGAGAGGAAGUAUUUGGAAAUCGGUUAUACUUGAACUAUUUGUUUGGCUUGUUCUCUAUAUUGUUCUUACCCUUUUAUAUCGUAAAGCUCUGAAAGGAUUUUCCAGUAUUUACGAACAAUUUGUGCGAUAUUGCGAUGAGAAGUUGGGUUAUAUACCUCUCAAUUUUAUGCUUGGUUUUUUUGUAACAUCUGUCCUUUCCCGAUGGAUUAAUUUUUUCAAUAACAUUGGAUAUAUCGAUAAUAUUGCGCUCAUGGUGGCUGCCUACAUUCAUGGAUCGGAUGAAAAAACAAGAAUGAUGCGACGAAAUAUUAUAAGAUAUUGUGUUUUGUCUCAAGCACUAGUUUUUCGAGAUAUCAGUAUGCGAGUACGAAAACGCUUUCCAACAAUAGAAGCGAUAGUUGCUUCAGGUAUAAUGAUGGAGCAUGAAAAGGAACGAUUUGAUGAAAUCCAGUAUAGAUAUGCGAAAUACUGGAUACCUUUUCAAUGGGCAUUAGCGCUUUGUAAUGAAGCACGCAAUCAGCAAAAAAUUUCUAGCGACGUUUUAUUGGGAAAAAUUGGUGAGAUCAAAUUCUUUCGUAGGAAUUUGGCAGUUCUUUGUAACUAUGAUUGGGUACCAUUACCGAUUAUGUAUCCGCAACUUAUCGUGCUUGCAGUUCAUACAUAUUUCCUCAUAUGUGUUAUGUCAAGGCAAUUCGUCAUUACUGAAGGUAUGGAUAUAUUUAUUCCCGUGAUGACCAUCCUACAAUUCAUAUUUUAUAUGGGUUGGCUGAAAGUAGCAGAAGCGAUGUUGAAUCCAUUUGGGGAAGAUGAUGAUGAUUUCGAAUGCAAUUUCCUUCUUGACAAAAAUCUUACGGUCAGAAUUCUUCGUAUUGAUGAAGGUUAUGAUAGAACUCCGAUAAUCGAAAAGGAUAUAUUCUUCGACAAAGCAGUGGAGCCCCUUUAUUCCGCAGAAUCAGCACGCGAGGAACACAGAACAUGUGGAGUCACUGGGUCAACAGCAAAUAUCAAGUGA